UGCGGCUGCACGCACUUCGGGAAACAUUCAAUUCACGAUGGUGUCAUUCUGGAGACUGGAAGAAAGCUGCUAGUACUGUAGGUUCAAGUUGUCAUUUUAAAACUUUAUUUUGAAUGUAUUUAUACCGCAAAAUAUAAAUUAUAGUCUUAUAUUAUUCGCCAACAAAUAACACAAUAGUUCAGCGAAAAUAUUUGACUCUCGUUUAUCGUCUCUCGGGAAUCUAAACCUCAGUAGAAACUUUACAAAGUGAGGGGAUGUUCCAGAUGGACAAGGUUGCAGCACCUCACUGACCCAGAGAAGCCCAAGUCCCAAGGAGAGAGGAUCCUCAAGCCCCAAGGAGACGGCCUGCAGGGGCAGGGAGAGGCAGGGAGACGGCCUGCAGGGAGAUGGGCUCAGAGGAGAGGAGUUCAGCCAUGUCUCACAAGAUAUCUUCCCCCUCACACAGCAACAGCAGCUCCUCCUCCAAACACGACAGCCGACAGGACAGUUGGGAGAUUGUAGAGGGGCUGCGUGGAGGACACAGUAGUGUCCAGGAGCCCCAGAAGCAGGAUGGAUACAUGCUGAAGAGGAGGAAGUGGCCGAUGAAGGGAUGGCACAAGAGAUACUUCUACUUGGACAAGGGCAUCCUGAAGUAUGCCAAGUGUGGUGCUGACAUUGAGAAGGGGAAGUUACACGGCUGUAUUGACGUGGGUCUCUCUGUUAUGGCCAUUAAGAAGUCAGCCCAGUGCAUUGAUCUGGAUGCAGAGGAAAACAUCUAUCACCUGAAGAUCAAGUCACAGGAGCUGUUUGAUGAAUGGGUGUCUAAGCUACGCCACCAUCGGCUGUACCGUCAGAAUGAGAUUGCUAUGUACCCCCAGGAGAAGGCUUACUACUACCCCCACUUCCCCCCUCCCGGGUCCCCCGUGUGGGAUAGAACGAGGCAUGUGUCUCUAGCCAGGCAGGCAUCGGUCCAUGCUGCAGGUAGCUUCCCUGUGACCUGUACCAGCCAAUCCAAGGUGGCCGCCUGGCUGCAGUCCUCAGACGACAUGAACAAGUGCUCUAAAGACAUGUCAGUGUGUGAGUCCUACCUGUUGGAGCUGAACCAUCUGCUACAGAGUAUGGAGGUCAUCCACCGCACCUACUCAGCUCCAGCCAUCAACGCACUACUGCAGGCUUCUACAUUUGACACCCCCAAAAAGGAAAAAAGGCCCCCAAGGAAAUGGCGCGGUUCUAAAAACUACGGCAAAGAUGUGAAAACAACACUGCAGGUUCCCAGUUGCAUUUCAUCUGGCUCCGUCCGUCUCCACGCCUCCAACCCCAACCUCUCUACUGCAGCCCUGGGGACUGCGAAGGCCUACCCUGAACCUCCCUAUAUGGACUCUCCUAUAGACGUAGCCAAACUACAGGAGGACUUCUGCCGCGUCGCUAACAACCUGCAUGCCACCAUGAAGUCAGCCCUGAGCGCUCUCACCUCUGAGAAGGAGAAGUUAAAACAGGUGCUGGACCACCAAGACACAUGCCCCCCUACCUCUCCAGGGAUUAUGGGUCUGAAGAACGCUCUGUCCUCGGCUAUAGCCCAGAACUCUGAACUGAGAGAGCGGCUGAGCAACAUUCACGCUGAGUCCAGCUGCGUCCCAGAACCCUCCACUGGGCUCAUAAACCUCUCUGGUCCCCUACAGAAGCAAGACUCCACCGAUGGAUCCCACCCCCUAGUUCACCAGGCGUCCAAUGAGAGCAGAGCGUCCAUCACAGAGUCUCUGUCAGAGUUCUUCGAUGCUCAGGAGGUUCUACUGUCUGCCAGCUCCUCAGAAAACGAGGCCUCUGAUGAUGACUCAUACAUCAGUGACAACGUCAGCGACAACAUCUCCAUGGACAACUUCAGCAACGAGACGGAGAGACCUAACUCGGGCUGUGAAGAGAACGGGGCCCUUCUGAGAAGACGCAGGUCGUGCCUCCCGUCGGCCAGCCCUAACACCAGUAACAUCAGUCUAUGGAACAUCCUUAAGAACAACAUAGGGAAAGACCUCUCCAAGGUGGCUAUGCCUGUUCAGCUGAACGAGCCCCUCAACACCCUGCAGAGACUGUGUGAGGAGCUGGAGUACAGCGAGCUGCUGGACAGAGCUGCUAACACACAGGACCCCUUAGAACGCAUGGUGUACAUAGCCACGUUUGCAGUGUCGGGGUACGCGUCCAGCUACCACCGAGCGGGAGGGAAGCCCUUCAACCCGGUCCUGGGGGAGACCUAUGAGUGUGACCGCCCCGACAAGGGCCUCCGAUUUGUAGCAGAACAGGUCAGCCAUCACCCACCUAUAUCAGCAUGCCAUGCUGACUCUAAAAACUACAUAUUCUGGCAAGACAUGAGGUGGAAAAACAAGUUCUGGGGGAAGUCUAUGGAAAUAGUUCCUGUGGGCACCACCCAUGUGAUGCUGCCAGGGUUUGGGGACCACUAUGAGUGGAACAAGGUCACGUCCUGUAUCCACAACAUCCUGAGUGGGCAGCGCUGGAUAGAACACUACGGAGAGAUCUCCAUCAGGAACACCAGCACUGAUAUCUGCCAGUGUAAGGUCACCUUCAUCAAGGCCAAGUACUGGAACUCGAGUGUUAACGAGGUGGAGGGCACCAUCACAGACCACAAGGGGAAGGUCAUCCACAGACUGUUUGGGAAGUGGAACGAGGGGGUGUACUGUGGAGACCCCCCCUCUGCCACCUGCAUCUGGAGAGCCAAUGCCAUGCCGGCUGACCACGAGCAGUACUACGGCUUCACUAAGUUUGCUAUGGAGCUCAAUGAGCUGGACCCUUCACUGAAACUGCUGCUGCCUCCCACAGACACCCGGCUACGGCUCGACCAGAGGCUGCUAGAGGAGGGCAACAUAGAGGCAGCAGAGGAACAGAAACAGAAGAUAGAACAGCAGCAGAGAGACAGACGCAGAGUCCUGGAGGAAAACACCAUGACACAUCAACCCACAUUCUUCAGGAAAUCAAAGGACGACACCUGGGUUAGCAACAACACUUACUGGGACCUGAGAAGGGAUCCAGGCUUUUCCCACCUGGACUGUCCUGUGUUGUGGUGACCUGAGGAGGGAACCAGGCUAUCACCUCCUGGACUGUCCUGUGUUGUGGUGACCUGAGAAGGGAUCCAGGCUAUCACCUCCUGGACCCUCCUGUGUUGUGGUGACCUGAGAAGGGAUCCAGGCUAUCACCUCCUGGACCCUCCUGUGUUGUGGUGACCUGAGGAGGGAACCAGGCUAUCAUCUCCUGGACUGUCCUGUGUUGUGGUGACCUGAGAAGGGAUCCAGGCUAUCACCACCUGGACUGUCCUGUGUUGUGGUGACCUGAGAAGGGAUCCAGGCUAUCACCACCUGGACUGUCCUGUGUUGUGGUGACCUGAGGAGGGAACCAGGCUAUCACCACCUUGACUGUCCUGUGUUGUGGUGCCCUGAGGAGGGAACCAGGCUAUAACCACCUUGACUGUCCUGUGUUGUGGUGCCCUUAGUGUGACUUUUGUGGCCACUGGUCACACACCUGGGUCAUGUUUAUUAGGCCCAGGACUGAAACAGGGAGGGACUACCUGAACGUGUCCAGUAAGAAACACUUGUGCGUUCAAAAGGCAGAAAACAGACUGCAACUUCCAGUCCAAUAAGAAACUUUAUUUACGUUUUGCUACGGUGUGCACUUAUGAACACGACCCUGUUUGGUCUUCCUGUCUGUACUGUGACCCAGGCUGGUUCUGGGGGCUGGAGUCCUGCUGCUCUAUCCGUCUCAUUGGUUACGGCUCAAAUGGCACCCUAUUCCCUACAUAGUGUACUGCUUUUGACCAGAGCCCUGCGGGCCCAAGUAGUGCAUCAUACGCUAAAGGGAAUAGGGUGCCAUUUGGGACGUACGGUCUUGCACAUGUCCAUCUACUGUCCAUCAUUCACAUGUCCAUCUACUAUCCAUCAUUCACAUGUCCAUCUACUAUCCAUCAUUCACAUGUCCAUCUACUAUCCAUCAUUCACAUGUCCAUCUACUAUCCAUCAUUCACAUGUCCAUCUAC